CUCCAGUUGCUAUUAACCCACAAAUGAAGGGAAAGAAAUUGGAGGCAAGAGGGAGAUGACAUGAUGCAAAGAAACUCUACCAACAACAAUAUUUCCAAUAACACAUCGUCACAUCAAGCCUGCGCUUCAUGCAAACACCAAAGAAAGAAAUGCAACAACGAAUGCAUCUUAUCUCCUUAUUUUCCGGCUCGCAAGACCAAGGAGUUUCAGGCUGUUCACAAAGUGUUUGGUGUUAGCAACGUACAGAAAAUGGUACGGACCGUACGCGAAGAGGACCGAACCAAGCUGUCUGAAUCUUUGACGUGGGAAGCUCUAUGGAGACAGAAAGAUCCGGUCCUUGGCUCCUACGGAGAGUAUAGGAGGGUCAGUGAAGAACUCAAGCUGUACAAAAGCUUGGUUCAUAAUCAACCUCUCAUAGGUUGGGAUAAUAAUCAAUGUGUACUCAACAAUAACAGCAAAAACGGAUUAGUGGUAAACUCAAGUGGAUCUGGUGGGUUUAGUGUUAAUAACAAUGGUGUUGGUGUGAACCGGGACGUUAUUAACGGUGGAUAUACAUCGAGGAAUUUGCAAGGUGGCUACGAAAAUUUAAGGCAAGAUCAAAGGCAACAAUGUUAUGCAGUGAUUAAUGGGUUUAAACAGCAUUAUCUCCCUCUAAGCAAUUGAUUGUUAAGUUCUAGUGGAUAACCAAGCCUGCAUGCUACAUGUUAUAGUAUUUGCUUAAUUAUGGCUUAACUAUAAGUUGCUGUCUUUUUAUAUACUUAUAAUUAAUGCAAUUUGUGGUG